AUGCAAAAGAGUACAAAUACAAAGUCUUCACGACGCUCCCAGCCGGCUUCAACAAAUUCGGGUGUGUUUCAUUUUGGGGAGGAAUGGAGCGAGGCUCUAGAUACUGCCCAGCCCUUACCAAUCCCGGAAACGACGCGUUCUCAAUUCGGUGCAGUAUCAGAACAGAGCAGUAGUACUUUUAUGUUCAAUACGGGGAUGGGCCAUGCUCAACCCACCUUCAACUUUGCGAGCUAUUCAGGGCCUUCUUGGACGUAUGCUCAACCUAAAUCGGAGAGCUCUUCGUCAAAUGAUAUCCUUGUGUCAACAAGGGAAAGAGGCAAAGUUCACGGGCCUAGCCAACAUUAUGAUACGGUCAAGCCUUUCCCCCAGCCCGAAGAUCAAGCCAGUGUACCUGAGCCACAUGCUAAAAGCAAUGCUACUUCGUACGAUGUCCGCAGCGAGUCACCCCCCUCACACCCUUUCUUUGGCGAAUUGUUUCAGUCUCAAAUACGGGCAGGAAAGAUCAUCUCUCAACAAAUAACGGAGCUAUUUGAAGAUUCUAGUUUCUGGUCUGAGCACUCGUCAGUUACAAAGCUCGUUGACGACGCAAGGCGACUUUCCGCUUUCCAUGUCCGUGAUACAAGAACCAUAGCCGUAAUGGGGGACUCUGGAGAAGGGAAAAGCAGCCUGAUUAACUCACUUCUGCACUGCCCUGGUAUAGCCAAGACCGGCGACGUUGGCUCGGCUUGUACUUCAGUUGUGACCGAAUAUAGGCUUAAGGAACCUCAGCAUAUGGCUCCUAUUACGCUCGAAGUCGAGUAUAUGUCCAAAUACGAGAUGGAAGAGGUUUUAUCGGAACUCUUGUGGAGUUAUCGUCUGCUUUACUUGCCAAAUGUGCAGUCUAACAAGACGUCUACAAAAGUUUAUGAACGAUACACCAGGGAGUCCGCCCAAGCUUGGUCGGCCUUAGAAGCCGCCUUCAAGCACAAAAGCGAAUUCAACGAAAGCUUCCUUCUCGAUAUGUCAGAUGGAGCCAUAGAUAGGAUCGAAUCACAGCUCAUCACAUGGUCUCGAGAGAUUGAAUGGCCUGCCGGAGGUGCGAACGGCAUUUGGAGAUCUACCGCAGUUACGCCUAGAGAAUGUUGUGAGAAAACCGACAUUUUUAUGAGCAAUAGGUAUUGGCCGUUUACCAAAAUUAUCCGGGUUUAUCUUGAGUCACGAGUUCUCGAGACAGGACUGGUCCUUGCAGACUUGCCAGGCUUGAAAUAUAUGAACUUGGCCAGGAUUCGGUCAACGCAGGACUACCUAAUGAAGUGUAGCAAUAUCUUCGUCGUGACAAAAAUCUCCCGCGCUGUCACCGACCAGUCUCUCAAGUCAUCACUAUACUCGAUUCUUCCUCACCGAGCACGGGAGGGAUCGGCAGCGAAGAGCUUGAGUAUUGCCAUUGAUAUUAACGAGGAAUCUGCCAGGUAUGAGUUUGGUAGGAUCAAGAAAGGAAUUGAAUGCUCUAUUCUUGAAAGGCUUGACAAGGAUAUCGAAAAGGCCAAGGCCCAUGGAAACAAAGAGCUCAAAAAAGAAUUGAAGGGGAGUCGAGAGCUUCUGUUCAUAGAAGCACGCAACAACCACGUCAAGGACGGCCUCCAAGCCGCAUAUUCUUCCAAGGUCCCUGGAAGCAAAUUGGAUUUCUUCUUCGUCUCGAAUAAAAUGUACGAAAAGUACUCGAAGAAAGAGAACAACCAGUUCACCGAGGCAAGUGGCAUCCCAGGCUUGCGCAAAUUCUGUCUACAGAUCACAGCCGACGCGCAGCUUCGGGAGGCAAAAGACUUCCUCCAGUCCUCUCUUUUCAAUCUGGUCACUUCAUUUGAAGUUUGUCUGAACAGUCUAGCCUCUUCAUCAAAUGACAAUGUGGCUCUAAUAAAGUCGAAAAAGUUAGCACAUGAUGCCAUCUCUGCAACGGAGAGGCUUUCAAGCGCUGCAGUCACGAAUGUCCAAACAGAUUUUAUGGCCUGUUUUGAUGAUCAAAUAAUGAAACUGUCAGACAAUAGACACGCAGAAUGGAUGUUCGCUGCAGAGAAUGAACUAUCGAAAUGGGAAACUUGGCAUUGGUCCCAAUUCAACGCAUGGUGUUUACAUGAUGGCAACCAUGAGACCGAUGGACGUGGGCGUGAAGACUGGAAUGCCAAGAUUAUCUGGAAGAUGCGUAGCGAGCUCGAAUAUCAGUGGGAGUUGCUCGAGCAGGAGAGAUCUGAAGUCUUCAGCACCCUUUUAGGGACAGUAAGCACUCUCUUGGUCUCACUCAAGGGCACUAUCCAAAACCUUGCUCCAGUCAGAGUCCAGACCUUGCUGGCGGACGUAAUCUAUUCGCAUAUUCGAGGUCUUGAGUAUACGCUCAGGCUUUCGGAGGAAAACUUUGAUCGGGAAAUAGGUCUUGUCCGCCGCUCUGCUUCCGAAACAAACUCUACUUCAAUCAUCCUCAACGAGAUGAUUCCGGCUUAUCGCGUGGCUAGUUAUCAAGGAACCACGGGCGAAGGCGCAGCCCUUCGCCAGAAAGCAGUGAUCAACAAUCGUAUUACUGACGGCGUAUUAUUUCCAAACAUGGUCAAUACGAUUUCAACUCGAGUCAGCCACGUCGUCGACAAAAUUGUAAAAGAUCUAGAAGGCCAUAUCGGAUGCAUGAUGGAAGCCAUCAAGAAGGAUAUUCAUCCUGUCUUUGCAUCGACGGCGAAUUCUAGUAUUCUCCAAUGCCCAAUUCAUCAAACGCUGAUGAAGGUCAAAGAUCUACGAAGGCAAGCUGAAGCAAUUCAUUCCAAGGUAGACGGAAUGUGA